AUGAAGUCUGCUGUUGCCCUAGUACUUCUCGCUCUUGCUCAAACCACCACUGCUUUCACCACCUGGCAACAACGUGUCAGAGUAAGUGGUUGGACCACCUCUUGUCCCAGCGAUUCUUGUCUUUUCGCCAACAUUAUCAUUGCUGGAGCCCCAGCCAGUGGAAAGGGAACCCAAUGUGAAGUUAUCAAGUCGGAACUUGGCGUUGUUCACUUGUCCACUGGUGACAUGCUUCGUGCCGCUGUCGCAGCCGAAACUGAAGUCGGAAAGAUGGCCAAGGACUUCAUGGAUAGUGGCAAGCUUGUUCCUGAUGAAGUCAUUAUCGGAAUUGUCAAAGAUCGCCUUGGAGAAUCGGACUGCAAGGAAAACGGAUGGUUACUCGAUGGUUUCCCACGCACCCAAGCUCAAGCAAGAGCCCUUGAAGAUGCUGGUGUCUCUGCCGAUUGUUUCCUAUUUUUGGAUGUCCCAGACGAAAUGCUCGUCGAACGUGUAGUCGGCCGCAGAACUGAUCCUGUUACUGGAAAGAUUUACCACAUGAAGUUUUCGCCUCCGGAAGAUGAGGAAGUCCUGAACCGUCUAGAGCAAAGAAGUGAUGAUACCGAAGAAAAGGUUAAGGUUCGUCUUGACCAAUUCCACGCCAAUGUCGAUGCUGUGAAGGACAGCUACACGGAUAUUAUGGUUUCUAUCGAUGGAAACCGCACUCCAAGCGAGGUUUCGUCAGAAAUCAUUCAAACAAUCAACAGGAUGACAUCAAAAUAA